GGGCGGGGGGACGUCCCCCCUGCUCCCCGGUAGAGCCGUUGGUCCUCCGCGGUGCACAGAAGUGAUUUUGGGGUGAAGGGACAACACCAGGAGCGCGUGGAGGUGGGAAAUGACACGACAAUGCGGAUAAAUGGCGAAGUUUAAGAUGAAAGUCCACCAGCACUGGGUGCUUUUUGUUUUGUUUCUUCAUUUAUCAAGUGUUUUAUGUUUCAGUGAGUUGUCCUUCAUCACGGAGCCCAGUGAUGUUACUGUUCUACCAAAGGGUUCAGCUACCUUGGACUGUCAGGCUCAUGGGCAGCCCCCGGUCACCAUCAAGUGGCUCAAAAAUGGACACCGCUUGGCCGAAAGUGAACACAUGCAGUUUCUGCCCAACGGCUCCUUGUACAUACCAAAGAUAAAGCAUGCCAAGGAAGGUUCCGAUGAGGGAUUCUACCAGUGCCUCUCGCAGAACAAAUAUGGAGCUAUCCUAAGCCAAAGAUCACGUCUGACUAUCGCAAGUAUUUCCGAUUUUGUGCUGCACCCUGUGCCUUUGGUGGUGACUGAGGGUUCGGUGGCUCGGUUUUCCUGUGUGGUCACCUCCAGUCCUCCCGCUACAAUCACCUGGGAAGUCAACCAAAGAACAGUACCCCUACAGACAGAGAGAAUUACAGUUUUGCCAAAUGGAGUCCUUCAAAUAUACAACGUAAAUGCGGACGACGCUGGACAGUAUCGAUGUGUAGCAACUAACAUCGGCAGCCUUGUAAAGAGUAGAGAAGCCAUGCUGACAGUUAACCAAGGUGCAGGCCUCCAACGACGUCAGAGGCCCAGAAUCAUUGCUCAACCUCAAAAUGUAACAGUUUCUCAACACCAGACUGUGGUGCUGGAGUGUGUGGCCACGGGCAAUCCCUGGCCCAUCAUCUCCUGGAGCCGUGCUGACAGUAAACCUAUUGAUGUGUACAAUGCCAAAGUCCUGGGCAACGGGAACCUGGUUAUUACUGAUGUAAGCUCCAAACACAGUGGAAUCUACCUCUGCAGGGCGACCACCCCUGGAACCCGCAACUACACUGUCGCCGCAGCCAAUGUCACAGUUCUAGUGCCACCAUCCAUCAUCGAUAGGCCUGAGAGCCAGACCCGUCCAAGAGCAGGUACUGCUCGGUUUAUGUGCCAAGCAGAGGGAGUGCCCCCACCCCGCAUUAGAUGGUUGAAGAAUGGACAAGAGGUCCAUUUAAAUGGAAGGAUUAAAAUGUACAACAGUAAAUUGGUGAUAACCCAGAUCAUUCCUGAGGAUGAUGCCAUUUAUCAGUGCAUGGCAGAGAAUGAACAGGGUUCUGUGCUGUCCUUGGCACGUCUGAUUGUUGUCAUGUCCGAGGACAGACCCAGUGCACCGAGAAAUAUCCAUGCUGAGACCAUCUCCAGCUCGGCCAUCUUACUGGCCUGGGAGAGGCCUCUGUACAACGCAGACAAAGUCAUUGCCUACUCCAUCCAUUACAUGAAGGCUGAAGGACUAAAUAAUGAAGAGUACCAAGUUGUUAUUGGCAACGACACAACCAGUUACAUCAUUGAUGACCUCGAGUCAGCUCGGAACUACAGCUUUUACGUUGUGGCUUACAUGCCAAUGGGAGCCAGUCGUAUGUCAGACCAAGUCAGUCAGCACACCCUGGAAGAUGUGCCUUUGCGUACUCCAGAGCUGAGUCUAACCAGCCACAGCUCCACCGACAUUCAGGUGAGCUGGCAGCCUCUGCCAGCGAAGGUGAGCCGUGGCCGCGUGUCUGCAUAUAGACUGUCAUAUCGAACCGCCGCCGACAACACCGUCACCUCUGUGGAGCUGCUUCAGAACAGCACUGAAUAUCUGCUGGAAGGGAUGCAGCCCGACACCAUCUACCUGCUCCGCAUGGCUGCAGCCACGCGUGUGGGCUGGUGUGAGCCUUCAGCAUGGACGUCACACCGUACACCUAAGACCUACAGCCACAAAGUGCCUUCAGCCCCCAUUCUUCAACUUGAGCCGCUUAACUGCACCUCCAUUGUGGCCCGCUGGCAGACCCCCAUAGACUCUGUGACUGUCCAGGGUUACAGGCUGUGUUACCAUGAGGAAGGCCAACCAGAGCAGCCCAGCAUCCAGGUGCAGGCUCAGACCUAUACUUACACCAUCAGUGGCCUUGAUCCAAGAAGAAAGUAUCAUGUGAAGAUUCUGGCCCUUAAUCAAAAUGGAGAGGGUUAUCAGACAGACCAAACCGUUAGUACUCCAGGAUGUGUGUCUGCUAGAGACCAACCGGCAGCAGCCCUUCCACCUCCAGAUCAUGUGACUGUGUCGGCCAACAAUUCAUCUACGGUAUCCCUACAGUGGAGUUGUCCCGCUUUCCCUUCCCGAAAGGCUGUUAGCUAUACGGUUCGCUGUACACCCGUGGGCACCCACAACGCCUCAGCCAUACGCUACCUACAAACUACCAAACAGAGUGUGUUGGUGCAAAGUUUGCUUCCAAACACUCGCUAUGAGUUUGUUGUGCGUCUCCACGUGGACCAGAUGUCAAGUCCCUGGAGUUCUGUUGUUUACCAGCAGACCCUCCCAGCAGCACCUAGCCAUCCACCUGCUGGAGUGAGAGUAACCCUGAUCGAGGAUGACACUGCUCUGGUGUCCUGGAGGGAGCCCACCGAGCCCAAUGUGGUAGUUACACACUAUACCAUCAUGUAUGCGUCUCAGAAAGCCUGGAUAGAGGGACGCUGGCAAAUACUGCAGCGGGAGGGAACUCAUACAAUGGCCCUUCUGGAGAAGCUGGAGGCAGGGAACGUCUAUCUGGUGAAGAUAUCUGCCUCCAACCAGGUCGGUGAUGGACCCUUCUCUAACAUUGUGGAGCUGGUGUUGAAGCGUGGGAAUGUGCACCGCAGCAAGAACCCCAGGCACUCAGACAGCUUCCCAGACACAACAGUGUUCUCUGAUGGUCUCUAUCACAUAGACCAGAGGUCGAUGACUGGGAUCAUUGUUGGUGUGAGCAUUGCCUUGGCUUGCAUUGUUAUGUGUGCCUUGAUCCUCAUCAGUAAGGGCAGACCGAGAAAAUCCUCCAGUCACAAAGUCGUGACUGUAGGAGCUGGUGAAGGUCCUCAUGCCCUACCCAGCGAACGCCACACAGAGAACGUCGAGGCCCUUAUUCCCAUGAUAGUUGAUCACUACUUAGAUCCAAAGGGUGGAUCCAAUAUGGUUAUUAAUAGUGCCGGUCCAGUCAGCAGAAAGAAUCAAAGCACAUGGCUCUUUUUUAGGAGUGAGACUGGGAAUUCAGCUGAAAGCGAUGUUGAGAGAAGAGCCAGCUUGUACGAGGCUGGCAAAACCGUUCUGAGAUACGACGAGCAUUUAGGCGCAGCACCUCUGCCCCCUUCGUCUCGAGAGAUCAUCUAUGGGCCGCUUCACUUGGAGAGCUCUCACACUAGUGAGGGCAGCCAAGAGACAGGAGACUCUGGACACUAUUCCAACGAAGACAGCAACAAAGAGAUGAGCAGCACCUCAACUACCCCCAGCUCCAGGCCAGAAUCUUUUGGAUCCGAUGAUGGCGCCACUGUCACUGGGGUGAAGCCGUUUUUUGGAGUGGAAAAUGAGGAGAUGCUGAGCCAUCCUCUUGGUCACUGCUCCACCUUAGAAUGUUCCCACCCAGCCCUGCACACGUCCCAAGCGACCGUUUGCUAACGUCACCUGGUCCGCGUCUGCUUUCUAGCAGCUGAAGAGAAGUCACUUCUACCUCAUUGGCUUCCUGAGUUGAGCCCUUCAGUCAUUUCCUGGAGGAUGAGGGAUCAGGAAACCAGCUGCUGUGAGGGGGGAGAUGUGCCUUUGCUUUGGAUUUACCUCAGGAUUUUAUAUUAUUUUCUUUUUUUACAACUUUCUACCUGUUUGUCUGUGUUUGGCAGAGUCUGUCCUAAACCAAAGCUCACCCAUGAUGAAUGUUAAAACAAAUGUUAAAAAUGUGAUAUAUUUAAUUUCUUUCCACUGGAGGGGAGGGUGCAGUUGAGUCCUUUUUCUACCUCAGUGUUCUUUGUUUUAUACAUUACUACCUCCUUUUCACAACACAUGGUGCAGUAUCAUCUCAGACUCAGGGGACAUGGUGGCAUGGCCAUGUUUUGGUGUGACGAUGUAGAGGUCCUCACUUUUUCAUCCCUCAAUUCCCUUUUUUACAUUGUUUCUGAAUGAUGUAUGUUGUUAAACGAAAAAGUGCAUUAGUUCUUGUCUAACUAUUUGAGCUUUAUCACACCAUAUUAUUUGGCAUUCUCAGUGCACUGAACUCAAAGCUUUAAUAAUGCCUUAUUAUUACAAGGGCUGCUUUACUAUAAAUAGUGAGAUCCAAAGAAGAAAGAAUAUUCACAAAGAGAUUUUAAUGAUACAGUAGAUAUUAUAAAGCUGGUAAAAUGUAGUCGAUGAAUGGUGCAUUUGCCAAAUAUUCUCUUUUCCAAUGAUGUAAAUGUCUCUUAAAAUGGUGGUGAAAGCUUUUCUCAAUGUAAAUCUUCUUGAUGCUUUAUUCUGGUAAAAGCUUUAGCACAGGUCGCCCAAGCUUGUGCUCCAUUUGCCUUCAAGACCAUUGCUAGAUGCAGCGGUGAUGCCGAUGCUAUUAUCCAAAGAGUUGUCUGCUUCCUCAGAUGGGUAUGGCUUUUCAUUCAGUCCGUCAUUGGUACAGUGAGAUGGAGAUUUUUGACACAAGACCAAAGAUCCAGUGUGUCCUGUCGGUGAUAGAUGAUGUUAAUUAUUCUUUAUUUCAUCUUUUACCAUUCACCAAAUGUCUGUAUAGGGAAGAGUAUGUUUGAUUUCCCUGUAACAUUUCCAGUCCAGGUGUGACAAUGAAGGAUUGUGACUAUCAUAAUGGAACCCUAUGUGUGAAGAGCAACAUAAUCAACUUUUAUAUCUUUGUAAUACAAAUAAUUCUAACCAAAGAAACUUGAAGUCUCUGUUAUUUAGUGAUUUUCUUUGGUUUUCAUUUACAUUAUUUGCAUAUAAAUGUGAUAUAAUUUCCGGUGGUUUUGAUUGCUAAAAGGCAUUUUUACAUAGGUCUUUUUUAUGCUUGAGCUGUUCAAAAUGGUUUUGCUGUUUUUUUUAUUACAAUAGAAUUUCACCCAAAUGAUACUUAGCUUACAUUAAAAAUUGUAAUUUUAAGCAUAGUAUUGUAAACAAACAAUUUUAUUGUGAAAUCAUACAUUAAUAAUGCUGGUUUCAAAUUCAGUUGUUGUUUAUGUAAUGCAUUGAUAUAACAUUUGAAAACCACACCAAUUUGCUGACCUAACUCAUGCAUUGAAUGUAGAUUUAGAGCAUAGACUUAACUGUUGUUAUUUAAGUUAUGGCUUUCUGUUAUUUCUGCUUUUAAAAUACAAAUUACAUUAUUUUAAUUCAAAGUCGGCAACAUAACAAAUUAUUUUUGGAGUUGGAAUGUUGCAACAGACUUUUUGAUACUCUCAAGGUUUGCAAAUACUAGAAAAUAAAAUUGCUC